AACGCGAUACGUCGCGGAGAAGACUGCCGCUAGUGCACGCUUGUUCAUAUCUUCUUCGUACCGCUGUCACGCAAUCACCCUCCCGUGCACAAAGCUAACGAUCGCGCUCGUUAUCGGCGAUGAUAUAUAUGCGUACGCCGCAGGUGAAGCGGGGAAUCGAUUCGAUCUGGAGAAGCUACGUGAUCAGCAAAGCGGAAAUAAUGCACGGAAGUCGUGUGACGAUUCUUAUUCUGUGCACGAUGAUGAAUUGUCUGAGAUUGGCCUCAUCCUCACCUACUUCGACGAGCGUAAAGCUCGGUGACGAGUGCAACCAAAAUCGGGAGUGUGAGAUCGGCAUCGCUAAUAGCCACUGCUACUUGGGUUAUUGCCGAUGUCAGCCUUUCUUCGCCGGCUACAAUGGAACCCAUUGUCUCGAAUCAACUCUACUGGGUAACGAUUGUCUCGUGAAGGAACAAUGCUCUUUAAAAGUGGCGAACAGCAGCUGUCUCGAGAGUGUAUGCAGAUGCGAGGAGGGACACUUGCAAUUUCGCAGACAUACCUGUCUAGGACCGGCUAAACUCGGUGAGGUAUGUUACGAACAUGCUCAUUGCCGUCUCUGGGAUCCCGAAUCUCAUUGCGAUUUUCUCAUUCCGGAUUUAUUCGGCCGCUGCCAAUGUACCGCUCCGAUGCGUCGCGAAGGCGACGUAUGUCGACUUGACAGUCUCGUGAGACCUGCACCGUUUCCGCAGCAUCUGCCUCCCACUCAGGAGCCGAUAGUAGAGGACGUCACUGACAUCGAACGCAAUAAGGAAACUAUCACCGAAGGACAAAAAAGCGAAGCCGAAGAAGAACAAGAUACAGGCGUUCAGAUAUCUUGGUUAAAAAAUGCAUCGAUGCUUCUAUCGACGGAACCUCCUAAUCAAUUAAUACCGGUAAAUUUGGUGACAAGGCCAUCGAGUUUAAGACCUGGAUCCAACAAUCGUCCCGGACCAAACGAGCUUCCAGAUGAUGAUGAUACUGUCGUUAUCGAAGCAGAAGUUACCGAAGAACUCUCUCAUGUUACAACGACCUCGACAACUUCUGCGCCAAUAAAGACAGACCGUCAUGAGAGUACGAUAAUGACGGCAAUCAGCUUGGGGCUACCGUGCGUUGCCGAUUUGGAAUGCCGUAUGGCUGAUCAAAUGUCACGAUGCAUCGGCGGCGUAUGCGAUUGCAGUUUUUCGACGAACAGCAGUUGCAACGCGCGGCGGACUGGCUGUGCGCCGGGCACGUUUCAGUGCCGGUCAUCCGGAAGCUGCAUCAGCUGGUUCUUCGUCUGCGAUGGCCGCGCCGAUUGCGCAGACGGCUCUGAUGAAGAGUGUACCGGUCUUCGUUGCCCGAUGCAGGCAUUCAGAUGUAACGACAGUAAUGUCUGUAUAUCAAGAUCUGGAAUAUGCGACGGCAAUCGCGAUUGUCCUAGUGGCGAGGAUGAGAUUGGUUGCAACAAUCGGCGAAAAUGUCCCGAAGGUACGUUCAGAUGCAACAAUGGUCAGUGUUUGCCAGCAUACGAAUUUUGCAACGCAGUAGUUUCCUGUAGGGACGGCAGCGAUGAACCCAAGGGAGCAUGCAGAACGCGGAAUCGUGGUCGAAUCACCGCAAGAUACUGUCCGUUCAGAUGCGACAAUGGAAGAUGUCGUUCUGAUGCGAUAACUUGUAGCGGUCGAGAUGGAUGUGGCGAUGGUUCCGACGAGAAACGCUGUAACGUCUGCAGAUGCGGAACAACGAUCUAAUCUCGACCGGCCGAUCUUCUCGCCACAUCGUCCAACGAUAGAAAAAAAGGAAAAGAGAAUGAAAAGAACAGAAGCAAAUUACCAACUGGCUUGUCGACAGGUUUCGUGAAAUAAGUGUUCCAGAAUUGAGUAGAUAUGAGCGUAAAAGUAAGUGUGAGACCAAAGAUCGCGUUAAGCCGUAUCGCGGUGAUUAUAACUUUCAACGCUCCACGAUUUUGAGACUGAAAAGACCGUUUUUACUCAAGCCGGGUAGAACUUCGGCAUCCAGAACGAACAGAGGUAGAGUGAAUUUUCCGUCGCGCCUCUUGCGCGAGAUCUCGCAUUAACUCGAACCGGGCCAGUGACCGCCGCUGCGCUGUAGCGAGUCGCGAUCUCAGAAGGAAUGAUAGCGCUCAUGUAAUAGGCUAUUGGAACUGAAAAACAAUUGUUAUUUGGAACUCAUUCUUUAGUGCAAUUUCAUUGAUUCAUAGGAUCAUUCGACAUGUAAAUAGGGUAAAAAAGGUGCUAUUAAAUUAAGCGUUUUCGAGAUAUAUUAAAAAUAACGAAAAAUAGCAUUUUUUG